AUGCUUUGUUUUUUAUGCUCGUUUCCUUGUCGAUGUUCAACGUACUGCUACUGUGCACCAGGAAGGCUCGUGCGUGUAGUAUCCACACCCGAUGUGAUAGCUGGCAACAGAAGUCGCAAACGCAAGAACUAUCGGCGAUCAAGAAGUGAACCUAUGCUCCAAACCUUUGAAAAUCUGACUCAGUUCAGGCGAUUUCGGUCUCUGAGAGAGAAACGGGAUGAGAAAAUCAUUGAAAAUGGUAUUCGCAUGUCACCAGUAUCAAUAGCUUCAUCAACAGAGAAACGUUGGAGCCAAAAACGUGCAAUCCGAAGCCGAGUUGAACAACGUUUGGAGUCUAUGUUAUCAUCUUCAUCGGGUAGUAUUCCACAUAUGGAAACCGAAUUACCACCACUAAACCUGAACGAAAUCGCAGUUUCUGACAACUUAUCCACCGGCGUUUCUUCUAAUUCAUCUUCAGAGCUGGCAUUUGAAGAUUCCAAAAGUUCCAUCGAUGUGGAGACACAUAGACAUUUGACUGGAGAUAUGGAUAAUGAGACUUUCCAGAAUGAGGAUCCUCUCGAAAAAUCGAUUGAUGAGGAAAUUGAACGAUUGAAAGAGAUAGCAAGGAAUCUGAAUAUCACUGAUAUGGAAAGAUUGAAUUUGAGAACGGAUAUGCAGGACUCAGAUAUACCCAAUGGUUGGCAUAACCCCAUAAAUUAUACGUUUGAAUUGGAACAAUAUAUGCAAAAAGAAAACCUGAACCCCUUCGCUGAUCCUUUCGAAGAAGAUGAUCGUCGAUCUCGUAUUGAAAUGUGGGUGGAGAGCACAUCUCCUGGUAUUCCAGAUUCUGACAAUGAUCCGGGGAAUCCCAUGCCAGAUAGCGUGUCGGAAGAUGCAUCCUAUAUUCCAAGUUCUAGUGUUCAACAAAUUCUCGUCCCAGAGGUAAGAGUAGAGGAAUGCUCAGAAAACAGCUUGAGUAGCCCUCCGAUAACUGAUUCAAAAGCCGACAAGUCUACAAUGGAAUCUAGUGUAAAACCAGUGGAACUUCUAGAAAAUGCGAAGGAAUCCAAAAUAGAGCGUAUGGAUUCUUUACAAACGGAAGAGUUCGCUAGCGAAACGACUUCUUUCAUAAGUUCCGAGUUGGAUAGAGUCAGCUUAGUUAAAAUGAACUUCAAAACUAAUUUGGAUAAGGCUCUGGAGGGGAAUGAUCAAACCAUCCAUAUUAAUGAUAUUGAGAGGUUUUGGGAUUAUCGUUACGCGUCAGCUGGAGAACCAGAUGAGAAAGAAGAAGAACGUAAUCAGGAACAAGAGCAAAAUGCCAGAUUGAAAGAAACAUCAUCUGCCCAAUCCAAUGUGCAUAAGAAUACGUUAUCUCCUAAGGAUUAUCAGAAUCACAGAAGUCCUACUCCCACAGUCGAACGAGUUGUGCUCUAUUAUACUUCGGACAAAAGACCUUCCCUGACACCAUCACCUUCUCCUAGUAUUCUAACGCUGUCGCCAGGAUGUAGUGAACGUGACCCUGUGGAGAAAAGUGAUCAUGAACAGGAGGAUCCCAAAUUCAUUUUCCCUGUUAUUCAGAAUCCUCCCUCGUCAAUUUUAAUUGUUGUUGAUGAAGAUGAGUCAGAUAUCGACUUCGAUUUGCCCGGUAGUCCAAAUACCUGCUUGACUUCCGAUGGAUUAGAGAAUGAUGAGCAAUCAGAAGAUGAAUCAAGAAAGAUGGAAGAAUAUGUUCGAAAUAAAAAGUUGCACUCGAGAAGCCAUCGAAGCAAAUCAUCGUCAUCGGAAUCCUCAAUUAUCAUUGGGGUUACCAACGAUUUAACUCCGACACUCCGAAGUUCAUACUUUCAAUUGGACCAAGACUCGGCAUCCGACUCUGAAGAAGGACAUGUUGUUGACUUGGACGGCAUAGAGUUCUCCAUGACCUCCCUUCCAACAGCUGAUAAUGAGCGUCCUAAAAUGGUUUCGCGUGCAACAUCCACGAACGACUUAAUCUUCGAAGAAGCGAAUCGUAAAACAACAUCAGUUAAAACGGAAAGUCGUCAACCUCAACAACCUGAGACGUCAAUCUCUGCAUUCCCAUUAGAAAAUAAUUCCAAAUAUAGCGCUAAGAAAGCUGUAAACGUUCGCAAAUCCGAAAGGCGGAGUCAAUCAUCAAAACGAUAUAUAAACUGGAGAUGGGAAAAGCUAUCUCGGUUGUCGCCGAACGUCUCCUCUUCUACUAAAACUAUAAGAAGCGAAAUGUCAUCUACACCAAUUAUUAUUGAAGAUAAAGUUAGUGAUGACGAUGUAUCGUCUGCUGACCAGGAUGUUGAAUUGAGACUUUUCGACGGAAGAGUUCUUGACAAUAUCGAGAGUUCUUCGACAGAAGAUCUCUUGGCUCUAGACAUAAGACCCAGCUCUGCAGGUCGCAAAUCAGUGUCUUUCAGUGAGAAAGUUAAGGAAGAAAUUGUUUCCCCAGAUUCGAGAAGGAAAAGUGUUCCUCCAACGUCUCCUGUAUCACUUUGCGUGACUGCAAGACCAAUUUUAAAGAAAGAAGACAAGCAUCGCGAAACAUUGCAUAAACUAAUGUGUCAUGCUGCUGAAAGACUAUAUAAAGAUUUGCGUAUGCUUAUUGAAGAAAGAGAUCGCUCAGUUCAUGCCAUCGAUUUAGUUCCAAAUGAUAUCGGAGAUCUGAGCGCACACUCAGGAACAUAUCAAUCGCAAUAUCGAGAAAAACUUCUUCAAAAUAAGGAUGCACUGGAUCGGCGAAUUUCAGAAGUAUGGAUCAAGCUGAAAGAACUCCCGCUGGAUAAUUCUAAAUCAAAUUUCGUUUAUAGUGUUAAUGAUAGCUCUUUAUUAACACUUAAUGCUAGAAGACGUAUCUUACAACGAAGAAUUUCAUUUCAACAACCAUCAAUUAGCGAUAGAGUUGGAAGAUCGGAUCAUUUAGAAAUGGCCUCUGAUUAUGCAACGAGGUUGGCGCAUAUGAGGGAACGUAUGAUUCGACGGGACUCAGAAGUUAGGAAAGAAGAUGAUAGAAGUGUUGAAGAAAUUUUACAGCGUGUUAGUCGGGCGCUUUACGGUUGA